GCAACUUUCAAAAUGGCGGACGAAGAAGCUAACGCAAAUGAAAAUAUUGAACCAAAACAAAAAGAUUUUUACGGAUUUGCCCUGUACACGUACAAUGCACGCAGACCAAGGAGUGCUGAAGUUGAGGAAAAUAAAAACGGCCAAGACAGUGAAGAUGGAACUGUGUCAAGCAAAAUUGUAGCUGAGGGAUCUGUGUCUGAUUUUCUUCGCAAGGAGGCGACAACUAAUUAUGAUUUUAGCCUAUCUCUUUUGAGCACAAAUUUGUCAGGAGAGCAGGAAACUGAACUAAGAACUUUCAUGGCUAAACGACUUGCUAGGGGAACAGUCUACAGUGGCAAUGGAAACAUCAAUGUACUUGAAAAUGUUUUUCCUGGUGAUUCAGCACUCUGCUAUUACUGUUUGCUGAGAGGUGGAAAGGAAAGUGGUGACAGCAUAGAAAAACAAGACAUGAAUUCCCCUGGAUUUGGGAGUUUUCUAUCUAAGGAUUAUGUCAUCUGUCUUGUUUCUGGGAGUGAAAGUGGAUUAGACUUAUUUCAAAAAGAGCUUGAUGAAUACAGCAAAGGGCUUCUACCAUACAUUGACAAAUAUACUGAAUCAUUAGAUGUUCAAGAGAGCUUCAAGCAUCUAGAAUUUUGGUAUGAUAAGUACGCGGUUUUGUAGAGAAUGGGCAAAAACCAUGUUGAGUGAAGCAGUGGACAAUCCUGUCUUCCUUCGACAAGUGAUUGAGAACUACAAACUGAGGGUAAAUCACGAUUUGAAUACAUUGAAGAGACUCCUGAGACAGGCAGAGACUGAUCAUUAUGCUUUGUAUAGGUCGUAUGUGUUUCUCCUCAAAUGUGGAAAUGGCCCUAUUUUGCUCCGAAACGCCACAUUAGAGGCUCACGCUCUCUGUUCUGACGAUACACUCAAUAUAAUUAAAGUGCUAGAGGAGUACAUUGAGGAGAACGAUAACUUUGGAAUCAAAGCUCUGGCGGAGUGAACAGAAACGAUACAACGAAAUUCAAUUUCCUCUUUUGAGUGCACCUAGUCAGGCCCAGCCCAUCGAAAAUUUAUUCAAUCAAGAAUACUGUUACAAUUUUAAAACGGCUUGUAUUUAAUAUAUAUAUAUAUAUGUAUAUGUACUGUGGGAUUACGGUUGUUUGAACAUUAAAAAUGAAUUUAGAAAAUAGA